AUGGCAGAUCGUCUUUUUGCAAUGGCCCGACAGGUUUCGGUUUCCAAGCUCAAACGCAUUAUCCAGGAGCUGCUGAUUCUUUUCUCCCGACUUCACGCUGGAAGGGGAGAAGCAGUGUCUUCCAAACCCCUAACUGACAGUUUCGGUUGGAAUGGGGAAGAAGUACUUUUAUACAUUGUCACCUUUCACUUAAGCAUACAGGUUUUUGUACACCAAGACAUUCAGGAAUUGAAUCGCCUGCUGUUUGAACAAAUAGAAAUUGCUCUCAAAAAUACCGGACAACAGAACCUUAUCAAUGACCUCUAUCAUGGAGUUUUACGGACAAGAUUCAGUCGCUUCACGGACCUGCCGCCAAUUCUUACUCUGUCACUCUCCCGUUUCUACUAUGAUGCUAAAUCAAUGGAGGCACGUAAACUGGACAAACUCUGCAGCUUUCCAAUGCAGCUGGAUAUGGCUGAUUUCGUAGCAGAUAAUUAUACGAAGGAAGUGCUGUACGACUUGUUCUCCGUGGUCAUUCACGUUGGCAACACUGCAUGCGGUGGUCACUAUCACGCCUAUAUAAAAGAUCCCUAUGGUGUAUUUAAUGGCGGCGUCCGGUCCAGCAAGGUGAGUCUGUAUAACCGAUAUCUUUUGAAACAUUUUUCUCAUCUUUUGGUCUAUUCUAGAAAAUUCGCUAUACAACGAAACAUCUGCCCUUAA